AAGGGGGCGGUUUUCCAUGGUUCGGUUUAACGUUUCACUGGGCGUGCAAUGGAUCCUCUUCGAUCUUUCAAUGUACAGUCGUAACACGAGUGCCACAUUGAUUGGUGCUACAGAAUGAAAAGCAUCUUUAUCCUGUUCCUCGUGAUCUUCUGCAUCCUGCAGGAUCAUCAGGGUUCCUGCAUGUUCUUGCAGAGUUGCAAGGAAAUCGUGGAUAAUUCUACCUUGCAACGAUUGAAAGAAUAUCUAUUUUGUUUUUACGACGAGGAAGUUAGACCCACUGACGAUCAUAGAAAUGCCACUGUCGUUCAGUUUGGAUUGUACAUACACCAGUUCGAAGUCAAUGAACUGUCAAACACGGUUGACUUUCACGUUUGGUCUAGGAUGACGUGGAGGAAUCCUCAUCUGACAUGGGAACCAUCGCAAUUCGAUGGUAUAGAGUGGCUUCAAGUAAUGAGUUAUGAGAUGUGGGUGCCAGAUAUAGUGUUGCAUAGCGUGUCAAACGUGGACGUGGAUACAGAGAUACCAAGGGUUGAAUGCUGGUUGCAUCACAUGGGUACAGUACUUUGCGUACCCACGGUGGUGUACACCACCUUUUGCGAAUCGGAUCACACAUGGUGGCCGUACGAUUCGAUGAAUUGCAGUUUGUACAUUGCAUCCUGGUCGCAUUCCUCCAACGAGAUCGACAUACAUUUCGUAAACUUUGAUCCUGAUGGUCUACUCACAGAGGAUAUUUAUGACGAAAAUUUGGAAUGGGACUUGGUGCACAUUUCUCAGACCGAACGUUUGGUCGAAUCGAAAUUCGGUGUGCAGUUCACUAGCAAAAUGUUGUCUUAUCACAUUAUCUUGCAGAGAUACAGUUCCAUCUACACUUCCUCUUAUAUGACAAUGGUUUUAGCGCUAAUGACAAUGACGUUGAUGGUACUGUGGUUGGAUCCAAGAUCCACCGAACGUAUGGUAGUCGCGAAUUUCAAUUUUAUUUUGCACUUGAUUUGUUUGCAAGAUUUGCAAUGGAAACUUCCUUACAAUGGCAAUUAUCCUCCGAAACUAAUUUUCUUUUACGAGAAUUCGUUAGUUCUGGCUGCAUUCUCGUUAAUUCUUACAAGCAUUCUUCGCCACGUGCAAGAAUUGAACACCGAUGCACCGGCGUGGUUAUCGUCGGUAACGAUUUCGAUUUUGAAAAGCAGAGUAGGUCAGGUGUUUUUAAUAAGCAUCUUAGACCCGAAGGUAUCAGCCAGUAUGGAAAGAAACACUGAUGACAACACGAAUCUCGUGUCAUUCGACAGAAAGGAAUCCACUUGGAAAUACACCUCUAUUUUGAUCGGUUGGAUAGCCUUCUUGAGCGUGUUAUUUGUUUACGUGAUUAUGCUCGCGGUUUUCCUACCGACGUGCAAUAGUGCCAAGACCUUCGUGGUGAACACGUAACUGAGACUACGGUACAAAUCUACGUAUAAUAUUUCACAUCCUUAAUAGAAAACGUUAGAUAUUAGACAAUCGAUGAUUUUUCUAUAAAUACAUUUAUUCUGAAAAACAUUUCGGAUUCAAUUGACUACGUCAAUUCGAUCCAUUGUUGCGUGUGUUAACAGUGCGACCCAAUGUAAUUUUACAUCACUUUCGUUAAAUACAAGUAUGUAAGUCGUAUCAAGUUUAGAACGAAUGUUACAUGUAUAAUUUUGCGUUAGAUCAGAUGUUACAUGAAAUGUGUGAAAUUUCAGUGAAAUCGUGUACUAUAUUAUGAUAUAGCGUAGCUGCUAAUAAAUGUUAAUUAAAAAUGUUAA